UAUUAUAUAUUUCAUUUUGAAAAAUAAAUAAAAAAUACUAAGAUUGAAAAAUAAGAAAAAAUAAGGAAAAAGGGUAUCAUUGUAAUCAACUACUGUGAGCGCGACACGUAGGAAACUGAUUUCUCAAAUAAUAUUAUAGAGAUUUUACUAAGGUAUCAUCAUAUUAGGGAAAAUAAUAUUGAUUUUUUUUAUUCUAUAUUUCCAAUUUUCCCUGAUAUAAAAGAAGUUCUUAAAAAAUCCGUAGUUGGUAAGUAAGCCCACACCGAUACUAGGUUUUAAUUAUGCGCAUUAGUUUGGUGUAUAUAAAAAGAAACCCUAGUACUACGUACGGUGGACUUGCGCGUGAGCUUUGUUAGAGAGGAUGUCGGGGAACGAUGACGCGGAGACAGCUAAAAUAGAGGUGUGGUGGGACAUGAAGGACUGUCCGAUUCCGGAGGGGUAUGAUGCUCGUCGGGUCCGUCCAAGUAUAGAAAGGGCGUUCAAUAAACGAGGCUACAGUACUUGUCCUGUCUCCAUCACUGCCUAUGGCGACCAAAACCAGACCCCUUGCCACGUCCUGCGAGGGCUCUCUUCCACUGGAGUCGCUGUUGCACAUACCAAAUCAGGUUAGUCUUUCUCUGAUGUUAGUAUAUUAUAACAAAACCACCCCCUAGACUAGAAAUUUUAUGUUAUUCAUUCCAUAUAUUCACAGAAAGCACACGCUCAGUCAUGUAUCGGGAUAUGGUGGAGUGGCGAGGUCAAAAUCCACCUCCGGGUACAAUGAUGAUCAUAUCCGAUCAGGUGGGGGGUGACUUGUCCUGGGAUCUGGCCAGGCUACAACAGCGCACUAGAUACCAACUUUUUCUGGCUUAUUCAAUUAAGCCUUGUAACGAUUUAUUCCUGCUCUAUAGAGCAAAUUGGCGCUGGGAACAAUUACUAGAAGAAGAAGGAGCCGCACCACUUGUGGUGGGUGGAUUAUCAUCUGCUGCCAUGUUUUAUUGCAAAUCAUGCAAUUUCGAUUGCCAAAGCCUGGAGAAAUUCAGGAAGCAUCUCUCCAGUUAUAAGCAUGGAAUGGAAGAGGCUAUAAACCCUCCGAACACAGAACUCUCAUGUGUAACGGAGACGUGGGCGAAGAACUACCCGGCCACGCCUGAACACGCCACAGCUAAAAUACUGGUGUUGUGGAACAUGAAUGACUGCCCUAUUCCUGAAGGUUAUGAUGCUUCUUGA